CAAACAGGUAGCUUCCGUACAGUGUAGUAACACUGUCAGAACGACUUUUUCUGAGUCUUUUAUGGUCGUUUUCUUUAACUAUACCCGCUCGAAACGCAAUAUAUGUCUAGAGCAAUGACUACAAGUUGUGAAGGGAGUGAGUUUGGCGUUUAGUUUGGUUAAAAUCGGGGUGCAACCUGAUAGCUCGACACGAGCCUAGCCAACAUGGCGGUUUGAUUCAUUCAGACAGCUGGGCGAUAUAUUGCCCAACUUUUACAUAUGUGACGUCAUUCAUAUAUUUCCCCCCCGUCGAUUAGUUUAUUUACGAAAUUAGUCAUCUGUUAAACAUAAGCUACCAGUGCUACCACCUGCGAAACUGCGUGUGAAUCUACUGUAUAGGUUUGUUUGAUUAUUGAUAGCGUGUGCGUCAUGCACCUGAGUCGUCUCCUGUUGCGUUUGAAAUUGACUUGCUCAAUAGCUCCUGUGGCAACCAAGAAUUUGCUUUUCAAUGAGCAAACAAGGAUAAAAACGCAGCAGCUUUUUUUCCAGGCCUCAGGUCUGUGUCAGGUGACUAUGGAGCUCGACAGCAUUUCUCAAGACAAUAGGACCUCAGUUUCUGCUUUUGAUAAUAUUACUCGUAAUGGAGAAAAAGAGGAAGGUGCUUCUCAAGUAGAGGUCGAUCUCGAACGAGUUUUGGAACUGGAGAACAUGAAGGAGCUUCAAAACCAGGUGGAGAUUGGAGCAUCUGACAAGUCAGUUACAAAGCAAGAGUCAGGCAAAAAGAACAGAAAGAGGGGACGACGAGUGGAUGCUGAACAAGAUGGAGAGAACACAAAAAAGAAGAAAAAGCAGAUUCAACGACCCAACUACUUUGUUUCCAUCCCUAUCACUAACGCACAGAUAAGCUCAGCGGUGACCGAGGUCCAAGAAUCAGUACUGGAGCGUGACCCCCGCUUGUCCAGAGCCAUGAUCCCCAUCCCGACGCUGCACCUCACGCUUCUGGUCACAUAUCUCGCCAACCAAGAACAAGUAGACCUGGCGGCGGCGGCGCUGGCGCAGGUGGAGCCGUCGUUGGUCAACUUGCUGAGAGGGGCGGAGCUGGUGCUUCCCUUUUCGGGCGUCGCUCACUUCAGAAACGACGUGGUGUUUGUCGCCCUCCGGGAAGGACCACAUACGCAGGUGCUGCGCAAACUGGCAGAGUUGGUGUGCGGCGGUUUUGAGGAACGAGGGCUUCUGGAAGGCGACGCUCGUGGCUUUGAACCUCACCUCACAAUUAUGAAGUUGUCCAGAGCGCCAAAGCUCAGAUCACAGGGAAUCAAGCGCGUGGACCCUUCACUCUACUCCAACUACACCAGCAGGUUUUUCGGCGACCAGACAGUGGAGCGUCUGGAUCUUUGCUCCAUGCUGAAAAAGAAGCAGCAGGACGGCUACUACCACACCGAGACAUCACUGCAACUUGAUUUGACGCAGAAUGUGGUCCGUCGCAAACACUCAAGCGGUCGUCGGCGGUCCGAACCUGACGAGGCGGAGCUUACGAGGAUCAGCAAGCGAUUGGUGGAGGAUGCCAUCAACCGCGCUGUGCAGCAGUACAAGCAGGAAACGCUCCAGAACGGUGGCGGACCCGCCGCGGGAGGGCAACCGCCCGGAAACGCCAACGGGACAACGGACUCCGCCAAGUGACGCCGUCUAGACAGCGAAUGACCAGAAUCGCUGACGGGAGGACGCUAAUCGCUAACCGUCAAACAACUGACCUCCGAGGCGAACCCGUCGAUCCAGACCCGACUCGCCAAAAACUUGAUGGGAUUCUAAAGCACAAUGCGUUUUGUAGUCGUCUUGCUCCGAUUGGGACCGGCCUUUUCCGCCGUUGUCCUGUGGGAGCAGCGCUUGAGACGACAAUCCGCAUCUUUUAGAACUCUUGCAACACUACGACAGUUGUUGUUUUGUUUUGUUUUUUUUCUUAAACAUGAAGAUAAUUAAUUUAUUGCGGGGCACGUUCUGACAACUCGCAGUAAUUGAAUUAAACUUUUUUUCUUUAACUUAUUAAAACUUUUUAGUGUUAAAAAAAAAAAAAAAAACGCUAAAACAGCAGAGCCGAGAACUAAAAGUGGUAUUUGCCAUGUGGUAAAAUGGAUUUUGCCAUGUUGCAUUUUCUUUUUCGUGCCAUUUGGCAAAACUGAUUUUGCAAUGUGGCAUUUUUUUUUUUUUUUUGCCAUGUUGAAUUUUUUUUGCCAUAUGGCAUUUUUACUUUUGCCAUGUGGCAAAAUUGAUUUUGCCAUGUGGCUUUUCAUUGCCAUGUGGCAAAAUCCAUUUUUCCAUGUGGCAUUUUUAUUUUUGCCAUAUGGCCUUUUUAUGUUUGCCAUGUGGCAAAAUUGAUUUUGCGAUGUAGCAUUUUUUUUUUUUUUGCCAUGUGGCAAAACUGAUUUUGCCACGUGGCAUUUUUUCUGCCAUGUGGCAAAAUGGAUUUUGCCAUGUGGCAUUUUAUUUUGCCAUGUGGCAAAAUUGAUUUUAAAAUGUGGCGCUUUUUUUUGCCAUGUGGCAAAACUGAUUUUGCCAUGUGGCAUUUUAUUUUGCCAUGUGGCAUUUUUGCCAUGUGGCGAAAUGCAUUUUGCCAUGUGGCAUUUUAUUUUGCCAUGUGUCAAAAUUGAUUUUGCAAUGUGGCAUUUUUUUGCCAUGUGGCAAAAUUGAUUUUGCCAUGUGGCUUUUUUUUGCCAUGUGGCUGCUUUUGCCAUGUGGCAUUUUGUUGCCACGUGGCAAAAUCCAUUUUUCCAUGUGGCAUUUUUAUUUUUGCCAUAUGGCAUUUUUUCUGCCAUGUGGCAAAAUGGAUUUUGCCAUGUGGCAUAUUAUUUUGCCAUGUGUCAGAAGUGAUUUUGCAAUGUGGCAUUUUUUUUGCCCUGUGGCAAAAUUGAUUUUGCCAUGUGGCAAGAUGGAUUUUGACAUGCGGCAUUUUUUUCUGGUAUGUGGCAAAAUGGAUUUUGGUUUGUGGCAUUUGGGGGGGUGUAUGGCAGUUUUGCAGGCCAUGUAGGUCCAUGCAGGUCCUUGCCAUUGAUGGCUAUGCACGUGCAAGUUUUCCAUUAAUUCUAAAAGGAAGAAAAACGUGUGGCUGUGAUUUUUGAAAAAACACUUGCCAUUACAGCCUAUUGACAUUCAACUGGCAACCAAGUCAGGCUUUGCCAUUGACGGCUAUGCACGUCCAAAUUUUCCAAUUAUGUUAUAUGGCAGAAAAACGUGUGGCUGUGAUUUUUGAACAUACGCUUUAAUGACACAUGUCAAAUUCCAUUUUGCCAGAUGGCAAAAAAAAGAAAGAAAAAAUCCUUAUGGCAAAUACCACUUUUGGUUUUCGCUGUCUCUCAAAAAAACAAUCGCUUGAAAAUUAGCACAAAUGAUAAACACAAAAUGAGCCUCCACUUGAUGAAUUGCUCAUGAUUUAUGACUGUUUUAAAACUUAAUGACGGAAAGGUCAUUGCCCUCUAGUGGCCCGGAUGUCAGACGUCAAUUCAGACGUCAAAAAAAGUUACGAUUUUUAAAAUCGGACGUGAGAAAAGUGACGUCAUGUAAGCGUUUUUUCAUUUGUUUGAAAUAUUGCUUGAAAAAUACUGCAUUUAAGACAGUUAAGAUUUUCUUUUUCGCAAAUUAUUUUUCGGCGUUAAAAACGCAUUUUCUGAAAAAUAUGAAAUAAAACAAUUAAUAGUAACAUGGCUUUAUUUUUGUAAGAUUUUUUUCUAUUUUCAGAGAAAAAAAUACUCAAAAACUAAAGAUUUUAACGAGAAAAACGUCUUUUAAGACAUACGAUUACAACCUUUUUUUUCUGAAAAAAUCACAAUUGUGCGAAAAUAAUCAGAUUUUUUUUUUUUUUUUUUUUUUAAAUAUUACAAGACUAGCGUCAUUUUUGUAAAGAAAUAUGCGCACAAGUGCUUCCGCUUAAAUGGCUUCCGGUAAAAAUUCCCGCAAAAUUUUCGUACUAAUUUUAGGACGAUUUGACGAAACUCGUUCCGAUUUUAGCUUAAAAACGAGUACGACAAAACUACGUUUUUUUUUUUUUUUUUUUGACGUUGUUCCCGCUGUUGUUUCUCGAAUAAGCGGCCAUUUUAAUUCUAUGAGUUUAUCACGAGUAGACGUCGGAUCCAUUUGAAUCGGCUGCCAGCGCUCCCGAUUCAAACGGAUCGGACGUCUAUAGCCGUCAAUGUCAGUUUUUCGAGCGCACCGAUGCCGUUUACUGUCGCAAGUGGCCUUCAACCCCUUCCUUCCUCGCUCUCACGUAGUGAUUAAAAACGACUCUCUUUUCAUUUAACGUCUUGGUGUUGUUGUCACCAGAUCCUUAAAGCUCCGUCAAAUCCCCUUUAAUACGCACCUUGUCCUCUUGGCCCACAUUGUUAAAUCUUCUUACGUGCGCGUUAUUUGAUGAGUGUUUCUCUAGGGACCUUGUCUCGUUCCGUUAUUACAACAAGGAAGCGCGAACGUGUGUUUGCGUUGGUGUGUUUUGUUCCGUCACACCUGAACAAUAAAACAGGAUAUGAAUUUACAGCUGAUAUCCUUGUCUGACUGAUGGAUUCAGAUGUGUCUAUGUAGAUACUUUUUUUUUUUUUAUAAAUAUCGGUCGUCUACUAUAAACCACAACUUUUUUAGCCGAUCGCCGAUACCCGGGUGGGGUGGGGGGUUUAGCCACACGGUUGCUAAUCGUCAAAUGCUAUUGUUUAGACACAACUGGAUUCAUUAUCUCAUUACUUUUCAUCUUUCACACAGCCGCUGGAAACAGAAAUGUCGUUUAAAUCCAUCUGCUGGCGACAGGGAGAUUAUGAUUUUACAACACUAUGCGGGUGUGCGCUGGUCCUCAUGGGAAACGGUCUUCCUUAAAGGGUUCCUCUAUUUUUAAGACAAGUAAUUCUUAAAAGAUAAAUGUUAGUAUGAGUUAUAAUAAUUUGAUAUUAAAACUAGAGCUGAAACGAAUACUCGAGUAACUCGAGUUUAAAAACUGAUCUGAGUAAUUUUAUUCACCUCGAGUAAUCGUUUAUUUUGACAGCUCUAAGCAUCACGUUUUGCUCGGACUACUUUUAAUGCAGGACGACGCGCUGAUGUCACAUAUGUAGAGGAAGAAGGAAAAAAAAAAAGAAAAAAAAAAAAAACUAAACUUACUGCAGCUAACAGCCGCUACAAACGACACCGAUGUUGCUAAAUACUAGCCCGCACGAUGCUACGUUGGUAGCAGGUAGCGUCUGAUGCGUCUCAUAGAGAUUACAUGUAUGUUGAACUAGAUGCGCCAUGACAGACUCGGCCGCGUCUGGGCAGCGUUAGUAAACAGCAGCCAUCUUAAAGCAGUAGAGCGCUAAGCGCUAAUAAAGAGCGCUAAGCGCUAAUAAAUAAGAUUAACGUUACUCUCACUAGCUCACGUAACGUUAGCCCUGCGGAGGGCUAGGUUACUAUUGAUUAUGACCACUGUCGAUGCGUGGCUAACGUGCCUUACAUACAGGCUUUAACAUAACAUAGCGUUGUGGAGUGAUGAGGGUGUAAAAAAAAAACUUAAUAAUGCUAACUAUCAAUUUUAGCUCAGUAGUCAUUGCUGGAUAAAACUCCAAGUAGCACUGGUCCCUAAUGUGCUCCAAUACAGCCUGUAUCAUACAUUUAUUUUGAACACUGCAAAAACUCAAAAUCCUAUCAGGGCUUACAGUUUAGACUAACUUAAAACUUAACUAGAACUUAAAAAUGGGUUGACACAAAGAGAAAUUCAGUUGAAACACGUGGGGAAAAAUCCUAACUUUGAUGUGUGUUAUCAAGCGUAAUGGCAUGUUUAGGUAAGAUAUAUAUUAGGGCUGUCAAACGAUUAAAUUUUUUAAUCGAGUUAAUUACAGCUUAAAAAUUAAUUAAUCGCAAUUAAUCGCAAUUCAAACCAUCUAUAAAAUAUGCCAUAUUUUUCUGUAAAUUAUAUAUAUAUUCUGUAAAAUAAAUUGUUGGAAUGGAAAGAUAAGACACAAGAUGACACUGCCAACGGGAAAACCCAUUGGCAGUGUAUCAAAUACUUGUUCUCCCCACUGUACAUUCAACAUACGGUACAUAAGGACUGUAGUGGGCAUUUCACUCUACUGUCAUUUAAAUCUGUCUAUGCUGUCCUCACUCCGAAGCGUCUACUUUUUCCAAAGCUAGACAGCUAGUGAACGACGCCUUAAUAAUCAGACUUCUCCCUUUUUCAUCUGAUUUAUUAAUAAAAUUGUCCUCUUUAGACCGUCGUAAAACUACAACAAAAAAAAGUACACAAGCAUUGCAUUAGCAACAACGUUAGCUUAGCACGCUAUACAGGUUCACUAAACAUAAACAAAAAGCGUCUCAUACAAAAAAUAGAACAUUUCGCUUACUAACAUAAUAUGUCCAUUCUUUACAACAACCAUACUUACAGACAAAUCUUGUCCAAGGAUCAUAUAAGCACAACAUUACAACGUAGGCGUCAGCCCGAGACGUCGUGCAACCAUAUUGAACUGGCAAGAAAAAAAAUAAACCAUGUCGCAAAGCGACCACAAGAGUUCGCUGUUAGACAGCACAAAAAGCCUGCUGUAAAACUUACCAAAAGGCAGAAUACUGUCUGAGCGGGACAUGUGCGUAAAUUGCGUUAAAUAUUUUAACGUGAUUAAUUUAAAAAAUUAAUUACCGCGCGUUAACGCGAUAAUUUUGACAGCCCUAAUAUAUAUAUAUAAACUUGAACUUAAAAAUGGGUUGACACAAAUAGAAAUUCAAUUGAAACACGUGGGAAAAAAAUCCCAACUUUUAAGUGAUGUGUCUUUUUUUUUUUAAUUCUAGUUACAUUUGAGAUGCAAUUGUUGGCUGUUUUCAACAAUAUACAUCGAAAAUAAAGACAUUGAUUGACUGAAAAUGGUUCAAGAUAAGAUGAAAUGUCUUGUUUUCUCAUGUAUAUUUAUAAUUGCUCUUCACCUAAAAAUAUAUUUGUUUUAUCUGAUUACUCGAUUAAUCGAUAGAAUUUUCAGUCGAUUAUUCGAUUACUAAAAUAUUCGAUAGCUGCAGCCCUAAUUAAAACCCUUUUUAAUGUUUUGGUUUUAAUAAAGUUUGUAAAAUUCUUUUAAGUGAUAGGUCGCCAUUCUUGUUCCGGGCCCGUUGAUGAAAUUCCAGCGUGUCACUCGUUAGCUUUCCCAACAUGUCGUCAGUUCUACCCUUCCUAUUUGAACCAGAUCUGAAAAGUGAAGAGCAGGACAGCACUGACGGUCGUUCACAAGAUGAGCUUCAGGGAAAAAUGCGGGCAGCAAAUACCCGAUAAGACAAAAGUUGGGCAAAACUGGUGAUGCACUCGCUGCACGUGAGUCUCAAUGUCAACAGAGUGAGAGAGUGCUGUUGGGAACUCCGGUUGGGAGCGAGAGUGUAUAGAGGAGGUGGGACAUCCGGGCAUUUAAUGACGUCACCAGCCACAACAAAGCGUCGCCAUAUUGACAAUGGGGCAAAAGACGAGUCACAAGCAGUUGCGCUGUCGUGCAUUGUAAUACAAAUGCGUUUAACUUUCAUUUUAUUUGCGGUCUUUUUUCCAUCGGAAUGACUAAAAGUUGCUGUGUUGCGGGUUGUCACACAAGGAAGAGUUCGGAGCCGCAUCUGAAGUUCUUCAUUCUUCCACGUGAGAAGAAAAGGAGAAACAAAUGGCUGAGCGCAAUUAAUCGAGGAACAGUAAAAGAAGACGGUUCCGUGGACAUGUACCUAAUAAAGUGGCCGUCUACAUGGCGGCGUGUUGCGAAGAUGACGAGGAAGGUGAGGCAGUGGCGACAGUGGUGGCGGUGGUCACCGCUAUGGAGGAAGAAGAGGAAGAGGAAGGCACGGGUUGGGGUGCGGAGGUGACGACCGGCGCAGGAACGGAGACAGCGGUGACGGUCGUCGCCGGCAACGUAGACGACGACGCUGACGCGGUGUCGGUUUUGCUGCUGUGCGUGAUGAAGCGGAGGCGGAGCUUCAUGGCAGGACGGAGCGUCAUGAUGAUUUCCUCCACCUGCGUAAAAGCACGUGGGAAUGGGAGUUUGACAGAUUUUUGGCGCUAUUUAUAGGGUUUGAUGCUUUUUUUUUUUGUUACCUCUGUCUGUAGGUGAAAUCUGCAGAAGGCGGAGCUUAUUUGGUUCAGUAUGUCAGUGUGUUUGUGUUCAAGGUAUCUCAUGAAUCAAUAAAGGGAUUAUUAUCAAA